GUUGGGGGGUAUUUAAUUUGGGGCCUUAGGGUCCUUCGUUGUCUUGAGUGUUUUGUGUGUGUACAUAUUUUGCUCUUAAGUUUAUAAAUAUACAUAUAUUGAGAGUGUCCACGUCUCCUCGCUGAACCUUAGGAAUCCUUUGCCACAAUGUCCUGUGUGCACUAUAAAUUUUCCUCUAAACUCAACUACGACACCGUCACCUUUGAUGGGCUCCAUAUCUCCCUCUGCGACUUAAAGAAGCAGAUUAUGGGGAGAGAGAAGCUGAAAGCUGCCGAUAGCGACCUGCAGAUCACCAACGCGCAGACGAAAGAAGAAUACACUGAUGACAAUGCGCUAAUUCCUAAAAAUUCAUCUGUAAUUGUCAGAAGAAUUCCUAUUGGAGGUGUUAAGUCUACAAGCAAGACAUAUGUUAUAAGUCGAACUGAACCAGUGAUGGGAACUACAAAAGCAAUUGAUGACUCUUCUGCAUCUAUUUCUCUGGCCCAGCUUACAAAGACUGCCAAUCUGGCUGAAGCCAAUGCUUCUGAGGAAGAUAAAAUUAAAGCAAUGAUGUCGCAAUCUGGCCAUGAAUACGACCCAAUCAAUUACAUGAAAAAGCCUCUAGGUCCACCACCUCCAUCUUAUACCUGUUUUCGUUGUGGCAAGCCUGGUCAUUAUAUUAAGAAUUGUCCAACAAAUGGGGAUAAGAACUUUGAAUCUGGCCCUAGGAUCAAAAAGAGCACUGGAAUUCCCAGAAGUUUUAUGAUGGAAGUGAAAGAUCCUAACAUGAAAGGUGCAAUGCUUACGAACACUGGAAAAUAUGCCAUACCAACUAUAGAUGCAGAGGCCUAUGCAAUUGGGAAGAAAGAGAAGCCACCCUUCUUACCAGAGGAGCGGUCAUCAUCUUCAGAAGAAGAUGAGCCUAUCCCAGAUGAGCUAUUGUGCCUCAUCUGCAAGGACAUUAUGAAUGAUGCUGUUGUCAUUCCCUGCUGUGGAAACAGUUACUGUGAUGAAUGUAUUAGGACAGCGCUCCUGGACUCAGAUGACCAUGUAUGUCCAACAUGUAAUCAAACUGAUGUUUCUCCUGAUGCCUUGAUUGCCAACAAGUUUUUACGACAGGUAACGGCUGUUAAUAAUUUCAAAAAUGAAACUGGCUAUGCAAAAAGACUACGAAAGCAGUUACCUCCACCCCCACCCCCACCCCCAGUACCACCUCCAAGACCACUCAUUCAGCGGAACCUACAGCCUCUUAUGAGAUCUCCGAUAUCAAGACAGCAAGAUCCUUUGAUGAUUCCAGUGACGUCUUCCUCAGCUCACCCAACUCCCUCUAUAUCUUCAUUAACUUCAAAUCCAUCUUCCUUGGCUCCUUCUGUGCCUGGAAAUCCAUCUUCUGCCCCAGCUCCAGUACCUGAUAUAACUGCAACAGUAUCUAUAUCAGUCCAUUCGGAAAAGUCAGAUGGCCCUUUCCGGGAUUCUGAUAAUAAAUUAUUACCAGCUGCUGCCCUGGCAUCAGAACAUUCUAAGGGAGCCUCCUCAAUUGCAAUUACUGCUCUUAUGGAAGAAAAGGGUUACCAGGUGCCUGUCCUUGGAACUCCAUCUUUGUUGGGACAGUCAUUAUUACAUGGACAGCUGAUCCCCACAACUGGUCCAGUAAGAAUAAAUGCUGCUCGUCCAGGUGGUGGUCGACCAGGUUGGGAACAUUCCAACAAGCUUGGGUAUCUGGUUUCUCCACCACAACAAAUUAGAAGAGGGGAAAGAAAUUGUUAUAGAAGUAUAAACCGUGGGCGACACCACAGCGAAAGAUCACAGAGGACUCAAGGCCCAUCACUACCAGCAACUCCAGUCUUUGUACCUGUUCCACCACCUCCUUUGUAUCCGCCGCCUCCCCAUACACUUCCUCUUCCUCCAGGUGUACCUCCCCCACAGUUUUCUCCUCAGUUUCCUCCUGGCCAACCCCCACCUGCAGGAUAUAGUGUCCCUCCUCCAGGGUUUCCACCAGCUCCUGCCAAUAUAUCAACACCUUGGGUAUCAUCAGGAAUUCAGACUGCUCAUUCAAAUACCAUCCCUACAACGCAAGCACCACCUUUGUCCAGGGAAGAAUUCUAUAGAGAGCAACGACGACUAAAGGAAGAGGAAAAGAAAAAGUCCAAGCUAGAUGAGUUUACAAAUGAUUUUGCUAAGGAAUUGAUGGAAUACAAAAAGAUUCAAAAGGAGCGUAGGCGCUCAUUUUCCAGGUCUAAAUCUCCCUAUAGUGGUUCAUCGUAUUCAAGAAGUUCAUACACUUACUCAAAGUCAAGAUCUGGCUCGACACGUUCACGCUCUUACUCUCGAUCCUUCAGCCGCUCACACUCUCGCUCCUAUUCACGAUCACCCCCAUACCCCAGGAGAGGCAGAGGCAAGAGCCGCAAUUAUCGUUCACGGUCCAGAUCUCAUGGAUAUCAUCGAUCUAGGUCAAGGUCACCUCCAUAUAGACGUUAUCAUUCACGGUCAAGAUCUCCUCAAGCAUUUAGGGGACAGUCUCCCACUAAGCGUAAUGUACCUCAAGGAGAAACAGAGCGUGAGUAUUUUAAUAGAUACAGAGAAGUUCCACCGCCUUAUGACAUUAAAGCCUAUUAUGGGCGGAGUGUCGACUUUAGAGACCCAUUUGAGAAAGAACGCUACCGAGAAUGGGAGAGGAAAUACCGAGAGUGGUAUGAGAAGUACUACAAAGGGUAUGCUGUGGGGGCACAGCCUAGACCCUCAGCUAACAGAGAGGACUUCUCUCCAGAGAGACUUUUACCUCUUAAUAUCAGAAAUUCACCCUUCACAAGAGGGCGCAGAGACGAUUAUCCUGCUGGACAAAGUCAUAGAAAUAGAAAUCUAGGUGGCAGCUAUCCAGAAAAGCUUUCAACAAGAGAUAAUCACAACCAGAAAGAUAACACAAAAUCAAAAGAGAGUGAGAACAUUCCGGGAGACAAUAAAGGAAACAAGCAUAAGAAACACAGAAAACGAAGAAAGGGGGAGGAGAGUGAGAGCUUCCUUAACCCCGAGCUGUUAGAGACUUCCAGGAAAUCCAGGGAGUCAUCAGGAGUUGAUGACACUAAGACGGAUACAAUGUUUGUUCUCCCAAGUAGAGAUGAUGCUACACCUGUUAGGGAUGAACCAAUGGAUGCAGAAUCUAUCACUUUCAAAUCAGUAUCUGAAAAAGACAAGAGAGAAAAAGAUAAGCCAAAAGUAAAAAGUGACAAGACCAAACGGAAAAGUGAUGGGUCUACUACAGCCAAGAAAGAAAGUGUUUUAAAACCUUCUAAAGGACCCCAAGAAAAAGUAGAUGGGGAGCGUGAAAAAUCUCCUCGGUCUGAACCUCCACUUAAAAAAGCCAAAGAGGAGGCUGCAAAGACUGACUCUAUAAAACCUUCAUCGUCGUCUCAGAAGGAUGAUAAGGUCACUGGAACUCCCAGAAAAGCGCACUCUAAAUCUUCAAAAGAACACCCUGAGACAAAGCCAGUCAAGGAGGAGAAGGUGAAAAAAGACUGUUCCAAAGACAUCAAGCCAGAAAAGCCAGCUAAUAAGGAUGAAAAGGCCAAGAAGCCUGAGAAAAAUAAGCUACUUGAUAGCAAGGGAGAAAAAAGAAAGAGAAAAACUGAAGAAAAGAUUGUAGAUAAAGAUUUUGAGUCAUCAUCAAUGAAAAUCUCUAAAGUAGAAGGAGCUGAAAUAGUGAAACCAUCACCAAAGCGGAAAAUGGAAGGUGAUAGUGAGAAGCUGGAGAGGACCCCAGAAAAGGACAAGAUUGCAUCAACUGCCCCAGCCAAAAAAAUCAAACUCAACAGAGAAACUGGGAAAAAAAUUGCAAGUGCAGAAAAUACAUCUACUACUACAAAAGAAGCCUCUGAAAAAAUGGAAUCAACGUCUAGCAAAAUUAAACAGGAAAAAGUCAAGGGAAAGGCCAAGAGGAAAGUGGCUGGAACUGACGGCUCCAGCUCUACACUUGUGGACUACACCAGUACAAGCUCAACUGGAGGCAGCCCUGUGCGGAAAUCUGAAGAAAAGACGGAUACAAAGAGGACAGUCAUUAAAACUAUGGAAGAAUAUAAUAAUGACAAUACAGCUCCUGCUGAAGACGUUAUAAUUAUGAUCCAGGUUCCUCAGUCCAAAUGGGAUAAAGACGACUUUGAAUCUGAAGAAGAAGAUGUUAAAUCCACACAGCCUGCACAGAGUAUAGGGAAACCAUCUAGUAUUAUUAAAAAUGUUACUACUAAGCCGUCCGCUCCAGUCAAGUACACUGAGAAAGAAAGUGAGCAGUCAGAGAAACUUCAGAAGCUCACCAAGGAGGUGAGCCACGAAAUGACACAGCAUGAAGUCAAAAGCUCAAAAGGCUCUGCAUCCAGUGAGAAGGGGAGAACCAAAGACAGGGAGCACUCAGUGUUAGAGAAGGAAGUCCCUGACAAGAGAAAGAGCAGCGCCCAGCCAGAGAAGGAGAGCACCUCAGACCGUCUGAGUGAACAAGGAAAUUUUAAGAAUCUGUCUCAGUCUUCCAAAGAGACUAGGACUUCGGAUAAACAUGAAUCUGUUCGCAGUUCCUCAAAUAAAGACUUCACUCCUGGAAGGGACAAGAAAGUAGACUAUGACAACAGAGAGCAUUCCAGUUCCAAGCGAAGAGAUGAGAGGAGUGAGUUAGUAAGAAGGAAGGACUCUCCUCCUCGAAGUAAAGAUUCUUCAUCUGGACAGAAAGGUAAGCUGAGGGAGGAGAGAGAUUUGCCUAAAAAGGGAACAGAGUCCAAAAAAAGUAAUUCUAGUCCCCCAAGAGAAAAAAAGCCUCAUGAUCAUAAAGCCCCCUACGAUACCAAACGCUCAUGUGAAGAGAUAAAGUCUGUAGAUAAAAACUCUGGGAAGGAACGGGAGAAGUAUGCUGCUGAGGCUAGAAACGGGAAAGAGUCCAGUAGUGGUGGCAAGUUGCCAUAUAUACCUAACCCACCAGAUCCUGCAGUUGAGAAAGAACCGUUUGCUGGGCAGGUUGAUAAGAGUACCAUCAAGCCAAAACCCCAGUUCAGUCAUUCCUCUCGGCUUUCCUCUGAUCUAACUAGAGAGACUGAUGAGGCUGCUUUUGAACCAGACUAUAACGAGAGCGACAGUGAGAGCAAUGUAUCUGUGAAGGAAGAGGAAGCUGUGGCCAUUGUCUCCAAGGACUUGAAAGAAAAGACAACAGAGAAAACAAAAGAGAGCUUGAAUGUAGCAGCAGCCAUCCAGCCAGGUGCAGACAGGAGCCAAAGUCAGAGCAGCCCUAGCGUUAGUCCAAGUAGAAGUCACAGCCCUUCUGGCAGCCAGACCCGAAGCCACAGCAGCAGUCCCAGCUCAGCAGGAAGCCAGGACAGCAAGAAGAAGAAGAAGAAGAAAGAGAAGAAAAAGCACAAGAAGCAUAAAAAGCACAAGAAGCACAAGAAGCAUGCGGGUGCAGACGCUGACGCCGAGAAGAGCCAGAAACACAAACACAAGAAGAAAAAGGCAAAGAAGAGCAAGGACAAGGACAAGGAGAAAGAUGACCAAAAAGCGAAAUCUGUCACUGUGUGAAGGGCGGAUGUUUUAAUUGACUUAAUUACUAAGUCAUCUAUCUGUAUUAAACUGUUAUAAUGUAAAGAGAUCCCAGCCUUGUAAAUAAUGAAUGGAAGACCCUGUGCUGCACUUAAAGUAUUUGCUGCUUGAUUCUUUCAUUUUUACAUCAGAGCUUUAUAACGAACUUUUGUACAGAAUUGUGAGUUGUGACCAUGGAACAUAAGAGCUUUUGCUAGGGCCUAUUAUUUUUAACCACCAUUAAUUAGUUGGGGUGGAGUUUACUGUACUGUGAAAUUUUCACAUUUGAAUUUUUUUAAUUGCCUGGCAAAUGCUGGUAUCAGUUCAAAAAUAUCAGCAGAAUGAUUUGCUGAACUCAUUACAGCCCCGUUAUGUCACUUUUUGAUUACAAUAAAAGUUUUCAGUAAACUUUU